AGGCCAAUCAAAAUCGCAGCCAUUGGCUAGAGAAGUGAAAAUGUCCGUUCUGUUUUGGUGUCUCCUCCCAUGUUAGAUACCUCGCCCCAAGCAGGGUGUCUAAUCUCCAUUUUUCAGUGAGGUGGCUUUCAUUAAUCGUUCCUGUGAACGAACAAUGCCAAAAUGAGCUCGAACGAGGCUCAUUGGGAACCUUUAGCAGAGAUCUACUUGUCCUACCCCACGACAACACUAGAGCCGUCAGCAGUUUCCGGACUAGGGAAGGAAAAGAAAAACUGCAUUUACUGCCUAUGCAGCCGAGUUUUUAUAAGGAAUUAUUACGAUGUUUAUGUGUCGACUCUGGAACGGGGAGAGCCAAGUAUGUCGGAAACGUCGGCUGUUGAACAACAACCGCAACAGCAGUCCAAAGAAGCAACCGAGCGGAACGCUUUGAAACUAGAGGAAAAAGCUGAAGCAGUGAUUGCGACUGGUGAUGCUGGAGAGGAGGUAGAAGAUGACGUUUUCAGCGAAGAGCCAGUGAGGAAGCAACUGAGUUUCGGGAGAGGUGUUGUAAAGUGGGAACGGGAUGGCGCGGGAAGUGAAGUCAGCUGUUACUUUAGUGCUAGUGCAUCCCAUUCGGACACCAAUUACUGCAGUACUGAUGAGCAUGAGCAUAUUUUUCACGGAUCUCAUACGGGUCACCACGGAUUACAUUCGAGCGAUAGUGGAGCGGAUAUUUCGGAGAAAAAUUUUGAACGUAAAAGUGGCGGGUACAGAGAGGAAUUCUUAGCUGAGAUAAAGGAAGCGCUGGGCGACGAGGGUCAUGUUGCUUCGGUGGUUCUUGCGGAGCGUAACAAUAGUCUUCCGGAAGUGUUUGGCAGGGAAGAUUUUCAGGACGCAUGGGAGACCUUCUGGAGCCAUCACGGAGAGUCGAUUAUUUGGGCGUCUUGGAUUGAGAAGUACAGUGACUAUAUUAAUCCGGAGUACAUGGAGGAAGCUUAUCGUCAUGGAACGAACGAAAAUUCAUCACAUUCCAAAAGCGAAGCUACACCGGACACCACUUACGAUGCUUCCAAACGUUUUUCUUUCGAUAAUAUGGAGGGAGAGUCGAUUGAUGCGAAGGCAACUACGGAGAUUGUAGUGUCAUCCUGUUCGCCACAUCCGUAUAAUAGAAAUGAUGGCUGGAACUCAUUGAUUUCUUCCACCAAUGGUGAUAUAUGGACUGCUCAUCGCUCCGGGUCUGCUGAAAAUGAAGCCUUAUUGAGCCCACGAUGCGACUCGGUGACUUCCAGCAUUCCGCUGACUAUCGGCACAACCGAUUCGAUGACCAACGUGACAAGAAUGACUAUUUCCAGCUAUGAUUUCUGCAGUUCGAAAGUUAGCUCGGAAUCGUCUAACCUCAGCGAGUCUAGCUUGAGCGAGCAGAUGUCCUCGUGCGGAAACAGUUCUAAUAGUUCCGAUAUGCUGGAAACGGAAUGUCUUGUGGCGGGCAGUAGCGGUGCUCACGGGGCUGCCGCUGCUGCUCUAGGAACUAUGCAAGACGAUGAGACAACCAUGGACGGUGAGCAGUACUGGCAGAUUCUGUGGCAGAAACAUUUUCAGGAAUUGUACGCCAAACACUACAAUUCGUUUAUGGCCGAAAGAAGCCGGGAACAGAGUGGUUGCGACGUGCGCUCGAAGCUACACAAGCGCAAGCGGAACAGUAGCAGCGGUUCGAGUGGGCUGCACAACAGACCACCCGGUACUGAACAACUCCCUGAAAUGGUAGCUCAGCUGAAGCUAGAGUUAUCCACAAAGAAAUCCCAACCGGACGCACCCGUAGAUGGUGACAAAGCAGAAGAGCAAAAAUCGAACACGCAGUCCGGCAGCGACCAUCUGGUGGAAGAUCUCGCCAGUACUCUAGAGGCCUACGGCCUGCCGACAACAUUUGGCAAAUCCGGCAGAAAACUGGGAGGCCGAUCCAACAGUGGAGAUGGAGAUCGGGACCCACCGGAAGAACGUCCGGUUAAUAUGAAACGAAGCCACGAGAGUGACACCGAAGAAACACCAAAUGAUCGACUGAAGGCAGCCUUUGAACUGAUGGGUUAUGCAUUUUCCGAUCCGGCCAACCGAGCGCCGGGUGAUGGACCGGAAUCAACCAGCGAGGGAAGCUCGUCAACGUCGAUUAUCAACAUCACUGGCGAGGUGGUCUAUCGGAAGAAACACAUAAGACUGCACAACCGGGUGCUCAAGAUGAAGCACCACAAACCCAAGCACACGUACUUUGACGAUGAUGGUAAUGAAUUGCCAGUUCCACCGGGCUCGGAAAAAGAGGAGACCAUCGCCCCGGAAGCACUGAUGCAUACGUCGUCGGAUGAUGAUGAUGAUCGUAGCGGGGUUGUCCCGCCACGUAGCGUUUCAUCCAGUGUACGUUCAAGUACCGUUUUGGAUUACAGUCAGCUGCAAGGCAAAGAGUCCGAAUCACAAGAGGAUGAAAAUGAAGACGAACGCAAACAGGAUGUAAAUCCUCCAGAGGAACCGGUAUGCGAUACUAACGUUGCUCAGCCACUAACUAAAAAGGAGAAAAAGAAAAAGCGCAAACCGAAAUUUGUGGCCAGCUUGCCACCGGAAAUCGUGAACGAUAAGUCACUUCUCAAGUACUGGUACAAGCGCUUUUCACUGUUCUCUCUGUUCGACGCUGGCAUAAAAUUGGAUCGAGAAAGCUGGUUCUCCGUUACACCGGAAAAGGUGGCCGCACACACGGCCGAACGUUGUCGAACGGAUCUGAUCGUCGAUGCAUUCUGCGGUUGCGGGGGCAAUACGAUUCAAUUUGCGUUUACUUGUCGCAAGGUGAUUGCGAUUGAUAUUGAUCCGAAAAAGAUUGAAAUGGCCAAGCACAAUGCAGCCGUUUACGGCGUAGCCGAUCGUAUCGAGUUCAUCACGGGAGAUUUCCUACAACUAGCGGACCGGCUUCGGGCAGACGUGGUGUAUCUGUCACCCCCGUGGGGCGGUCCGAGCUACAUGAAGGAUGAAGUUUACGAUCUGGAGAGCUCUCUAAUCCCGGUUCCGGCUUCCGAGCUGAUGCGUAAGGCCCGGCAGGUUAGCCGCAAUAUCGCCAUCUAUUUGCCGCGUAAUUCGAACGCCCAGCAGCUGACAAUGCUGGCCGGACUGAACAAUGCCGUGGAGGUGGAACAGAGCUUCCUCGAUCGGAAACUGAUUGCCCUCACCGCUUACUAUGGAGAUCUGGUUAACGUAUAAUCGAAACCAGCAGGUACUUAAUCAAUUGCACAGUAAACAUGUUUUAGAUUUGUAAGUAUAAAAACUUUUUUUAAAACAAUACUGCACAUCCAGCAGUAGGAUUAUAAUGGAUUCGCAAAUUACGGAAGUGUGUUUCCUAUCACUCGAUUCAAUAGCAAUAAAUGCAAACCAAUUUAUUUUAAAUAGCCGAAAUUUGUGAACCACACAACGCGUCAACGUAAAUUUUAGCAAAUUUUUUAGUUAAAAUAACGCAUUUAACUUACUAGUUUGUAUGAUUUGUAGCUGCUUGAUUCUUAAUUUUUGCGACAAUCUCAGUUUAGUCUCGGUUUAUUCGUAAUAUACCUAGUAAAAGUAAAGUAAAGUUUGGCAGAAUUGUAUCAAACUAUGCUGACAGUACAUGGUUUUUGUACGACCGGUAUAAACUGUAAUUUUAUUACAUUAAACUAAACUACAUAAACCGCGAGAGAUGGUGUGGUAAACUAUGGCCAACUUAAAUCGAAAAAUAACCAAUGUAAACGGCACUCAAGCGCAUCACUCGGUUCUGUACGAUGAAUAAAU